UAAACAUCCCGUCGGCGAAAAUGAAAGUUAGAAAUGGUGGUGAUGUGAAAGAUUUAGUGGGUCGUGGUUGCAAGACAAAAUGUAGCAAUGAACCCUGAAGUUUGUGAGGUGCAGAUGAGAGCAAGGAACUGGAUGUCGAAUGCAACCAAGAGUGUUCCGCUGGACCUUUUCAGUGAUGAGACAGACAUCUUUGCCUUUGGUGACUGCUCAGCACCAAAGGAAGAACCAGGAAUACGCUUUCGUAAAAUUCCAAAUCAGAAUGUAGUGCAUCGUUUGAUGAACAGAGAAAUUAAUGCAGCAAAAUCAGGAAAUCAGUUUCAUCAGGCCAGAAAGUUUUACACCAACGUUUUUCCUAAUUACACUGUCAUCAACGUUGAGAAACCACCAUGCUUCCUCAGGAAGUUUUCACCUAGUGGACGCUAUUUUAUAGCAUUUUCCUCAGACCAGACAUCAAUAGAAAUAUAUGAGUUUCAAGGUUCAGCUUCAGCGGAAGAUCUCAUCAAUAACCAUAAAGGCGAUGUUCUAUCAGUGUCCUCGGAUCAGGCAUCGCAGCAAGUUCGUAAUGAGUUGUUCGAGAGGUUCUUUAAGUUAAGACAUACAACAACUGUUGCCCAGAAUGGAGAGCAUUUGAACCGGGAGUGUAGCUUGUUUACUGAUGAUGGGAACUAUGUCAUCGUCGGAUCAGCUGUGUAUCUCCCGGAAGACCCCCACCCUCAUUUCCAUGACAUGUAUCGCAAUAACGAGUCUGUCCCGCCAAACCAGAGAUCACCAUUGGAGGACUAUUCUUUGCAUCUUGUGGAGCUGGAGACCGGUAGACUUUGCGACAGACGGCGCUUCAAGUGUGAUAAGAUCUUCCUCUCUCACAACCAGGGCCUGUACUUGUACAAGAACACGUUGUCAGUUCUGUCUGUGCAACAGCAGACAAUUCACAUCUUUCAAGUGACUGCUGAUGGUCAGUUUGUUGAUGUUCGAAGCAUCGGCCGCUUCUGUUAUGAAGAUGAUGAACUCCUGUACAGACAGGGCUUGGACCCACGUAAUCGGAAUCAUCCCCGCAGUGAAGAGACAGUCAAUUCACUCAAACACAGAUUGUUAGUGUUCUUGUUUAAUAGGGCUAGACAUGAAGGUACCUUGUUUGCUCUUAGGAAAUUCUACCAAUACUUUGACCAGUUCAGAGCACUGCGAAUGUGGAAGAUGCAGUUGCUAGAUGAGAAUCAUUUGCUGAUCAAGUAUGCUAGUGAGGAUGUUGUUACUCUCCGCAUCCCAGAUCCAAACUCACAACCAUCGUUUUUUGUAGUCUAUAAUAUGAUCACAACUAAAGUCAUAUCAGUGUUUGAAAACACAUCAGAAGAACUCCUUGAGCUCUUUGAGAAUUUUUGUGACCUUUUCCGCAAUGCAACACUCCACAGUGAAGCACAGUUCACAUGUUCUGUGUCCAGUAACAUCUAUGCCUGGCAGAUCCAGCAGAGAUUCAAACAAACAAUCAUCAAUGCAAAGUUUGGAGGCCGAGUUGAGGCAAUCCGCCGUCUGCUAGCACAGCUUCCAAUCAGUGCACAGUCCUACAGCAGCUCCCCCUACCUGGAUCUGUCCCUCUUCAGCUAUGAUGAAUUUUUCCUUAUCCUGACUCAUCCAUCUGACCCAUCUAAGGAGUCCAUUCCAGACUGCCAGUCUGACUGCUCAGACCAUUCCUGGCAGACGUCUAAUCAGUCCCAGGACUAUAUGGAACCGACUGAAGGAACACAACAUCGGGCCCCAACGGCCUGCAAUACGUCCACUUCUAAUCCGACAUCACCGACAGGUUGUGGUAUGCUUUGUGGCCAGCCAGCUCUACAGUGA